AUGGGAUCUCCACUAUCAAAAGAAAUAUCCAAUGCACGUCGGCAAGACACUCUCGACCUAUCCUCUCACAGCUUGAAGGAAAUUCCAAGCGAUAUCAAAGUCUGCAAGAAAUUAGAAACGCUGAAUGUCAGUAAUAACUCAUUGACGGAUCUGCCUCAAGAACUAUUGAAACUGACGAAACUAACUACACUGAAUAUAUCAAACAACACAAUCACUUCCUUCCCGUCUGACCUCCCGACUUCGAUAACGGAUAUCAAUGCAUCACAAAAUCGAUUAUUCUGCACACCAAUAUCAAACAAGAUUUCUGAAUUGAUUAAUCUGCAACGUCUUGAUUUGAGUGGAAAUCAGCUUGAGGAUAUUCCAGAAAUAAUAGCAAAGUUACGACAAUUGAAAGAAGUGAAUGUUUCUGACAAUGCUCUUAAAUCAAUCCCAUCAGGUAUCUUCACACUAGCGUCAUUGGAAAUCCUACAUGCUAAAAACAACAAGAUACGAACUAUUGGUGAUAACAUUUCGAAUAUGAGAAUGUUGAAGGAACUCAAUCUGACAAACAAUGCAAUCGUGAAACUCCCUGAAUCUAUUGGCAUGUUGCCCAACCUGACUGUUUUUUUGAUUGGAUCAAAUCACUUGAAGGAUAUUCCUGAAUCAGUCGGAGGUCUUGUAAAACUUGAACUAUUUGAUAUUCAAGAAAACCGACAGCUAGCUGAACUACCAGGAAGUGUAGCCCGUCUACGAAAUCUACGUGGUAUAAACGUGAGAAACACGAAACUGGAAACUCUUCCUUCUGGAUUGAAAUAUUGGACGAAUUUGGUCGAGUUGAUUAUGAAGGAAAAUACGCAGAUUGAAGAGCUGCCUCAAUUCAUUGGAAGUUUAGUCCACCUGAAACGUCUAGAUGCAAACACAUGCUCGCUCAAACAAAUCCCGGAUUCAAUCGGCUCAUUAAGUGAAUUGAUCUACCUCGAUCUCCGUAGAAAUCAGCUGGGAUCAUAUGCUAUACCAAAUAGUAUUGCUAAACUGGAUAAUCUGCAGCGUAUCUUCCUCAGUCAGAACAGCAUCGAAUUCUUACCCGACGAAAUCUGCAACCUCGCCAACCUCAUCGAAUUGGACAUUAGUGAUAACUUGCUUGUUGCAUUGCCGGAUGAUAUUGGUAACCUGACCAAGAUUUCGAGGCUGUAUAUGAAUAACAACAAGAUUGAGUAUUUGCCUAAAUCUAUUGGACAACUAGUAGAACUAGAAGUUCUCGAAAUAAGAUCCAACAAACUCGCAAUUCUGACGUCAGAAGUCGGACACAUGGUCAAAUUACAGAGAUUGGAUGUCAGUUACAAUCUCUUGUCUGAUUUGCCAGAUGAGUUGUACAUGUGUGAUGCGUUGACCACGUUGGAUAUCCGUGACAAUCCCUUUGACAACCCUCCAAUGUCAAUUAUUGGUCAAGGAAUGGGAGCCGUGUUGAAGUAUUUGGAAAAGCAGUCCAAGGAGAAGAAAAACAAGAAUAAAAGUCGCUCAAGGGAAACCAUGAAGGGAUCCAGAGACACAAUCAACCACUAG